GCAGAUGAUCAGACAAUCACACCUGAUACUAAAGCUUUGUUAGAGCGUGCAAAGUCUUUGUCCUCAACAAGGGAAGACAACUGGUCUUUCCUCGAUUAUGAUUCGCACUUCCCCAGUUUCAGAAGUAGAAAGGACACAGAGAAGGUGGAGUCCGCACCACGACCAACUCCCUCAUGGUACAUGAAGAAGAAAAAAAUUCGAAGCGAGUCUGACGACAAAAUUCAUGACAGGAAAGAAGAUCCAAAGCCAGAAGAACAGGAGAGAAGAGAGUUGUUUGCAUCACGUUUUUUGCACAGUUCUAUUUUUGAGCAGGAUUCAAGGCGUCUUCAGCAUCUGGAACGAAAUCAUGAGGACCCUGAGCAUGGUGUUGGAUGUCUGAACUCUCAGCAAGGCCCAGCAGAAGGGCAGCCUGACCCAGAACCAGUUGUGCUUUUCCAUAGCCGCUUUUUAGAACUAACAAGGUUGCUGCAACAGAAGAAUAAAGAACAAAGCCAUCAAGAUUCCAAGCAAGAUGAAAGCAUAGAUGCAACCAGAGUAGGCAAA